UAUCAUUUGAGCCGUGACUGUCAAGGAGUUGGUUGCAUUGCGACGCAUCGCCCUCGUGAAACCCUAGAGUCGACAAUCGGCAUGGGAUCGAGGAUGCAAGAGCACGACGGAGCGAGCCCCGCGAAGAUCUUCGUCGGCGGGCUUGCCAAGGAUACGAACAUGGCAACAUUUGAGAAGCAUUUUGCAAGGUACGGAAAGAUUGUUGAUAAAGUUAUAAUGAAAGACCGCAGCACAAAUAGACCUAGAGGCUUUGGAUUUAUCACUUUUGAUAAUCCUUCUGUUGUUGACAAAGUCAUUGAAGAUACACAUAUUAUCAACGGGAAGACGGUUGAAAUUAAACGAACAAUACCCAAAGGAGCUGCUCCUCUGAAGGAUUUCAAAACACGGAAGAUAUUUGUUGGUGGGAUAUCUUUGAGUUUCACAGAAGAUGAACUCAAGGACUUUUUCUCUCAGUUUGGGAAGGUGGAUAAUCAUGAAAUCAUUCGUGACCAUGCAACCAACCGUUCUAGAGGCUUUGGUUUUGUAACAUUUGAGUCAGAAAAAGUUGUAGAUGAUUUGCUAGCUAAAAACGGAAAUAUGAUUGAUCUAGCUGGUAGUCAGGUGGAGAUCAAGAAGGCUGAACCAAAGAACUCCUUCAACCCAACAUCUGCAUUUGGUAGUGAACCUAGGACGAGGCACUUUGGUGAUAGUUUUAGCGGAUACGGCAACUAUAGUGGUUUUGCAGGUGGCUCAUACGGUUCUCCUCUGUAUAGGACACCUGGAGGAUUUGAUCCUAGACCUGGCGGAUAUGGUGGUUAUGCAGGUAUUGGUAGUCAAUAUGACAGUGGAUAUGGCGGUUUCUCACGACGCUUAGAGAAUUAUCAUGGUUAUUCUAGCCGUCUUGGUUUUUAUGGUGGGCAUGGUGGGGGUCACAGUGGAAGUAGCUUUGGUGGCUAUGGCCGAGAAGCUGGGGGUUAUAGUGGUUCUACCUACAGUGGUGGUUAUGAGUCACCAGGUGCUGGCUACGGCUCGGGUGGAUUCUACGGUAGCAACGCAAGCUAUGGCCGUAGUGCAGGUCGAUACCAUCCAUAUGGAAGAUAGGAAAAGAGGCAGUGCGAUACAUCGCUAGAUGACACAAUCAGGUUGCCCUAGUUCCUGGAUAUCAUAUGAUGCCAUAGGCAUUUAGCUUAACUCUGAAGUCUUUCUAUAAGGAUUCUUGUGGUUAGUCUAUUAUGUAGCUUUCUAUGAUACACAUGUAACAUCUAGCAGUUUGAACUAGAACGAGGUGUUUGCUUUUAGAUAUGUAGUUUCAUGUUAUGUGAGGUACCUGUAUAAUAUCUAGAAAGCUUGAACUAGAACAACCUCUAAGGCGCUACUUUUGCACUAGUCAAUUGUAGCACAUUUUUAUAUUGCAGCAGCUUCCUAUAAUUAAAUCAUUA